AUGUAUGCCGAGGAAAUCAUAGCUAGUUUCUCCAUCCUCCUUUUGCUUGUUAUGUUAUCUGCUUCAGCUAUAAUGGUCCCAACCGCCAAAAGACAUCUUGAAAUGAAGUACCAAGAAAUGCUGAAACGGGCUUCAGAGGAAGAACUCGAGCAGUCUGUGGAGUUCGAGAAAAUCACAACGGAUAAACUAAGAGCAAUGAUCAGGAAAUACUGGGUGAUGGCAGAAACUAGUAGCCCUCAAUUCGUGAUUGCACGUUCUGUAACCUGUUCGACUUCAGGUGUAAUUUGUCUGCUGAUUGCUUUCAUUUUGGCAGAAGCUCAGGCUCGAAUGGCCAUAAAAGGUAGAACAUUCAGUGAAACAGCUUCUAACUAUGGUUCGUCAACGAGUUGGAUACUACUUGCUCAAUCUGCUGGAGUGAUUGUCGGUACUAUUGCCCCUGCAUUCAGAUGGUUGACUGCAGUAAAUUUUGCAUACUCAGAGAAAGGCCAGCUGAGCUUUAAGAAUGCAUUCAUAAUCGAGACUUACUGGACUCAGAUGCUGGUGGACUGGAAGGAAAGCUCCUUACAAUUGGAAAUUAGAGACAGGAAGCGGAGAAAAGUUCUUCAUGAUGCAAAAGGACUAAUUUUGAAUUUUGUCAUUAGAGUUCAGACGUUGAUCGUUCUGUCCUGCAAGUUAGUUCAACUUAUCUCUGUCUGCUUUGUGGGUCGAAUCAUCUUUUGUUUCCACUGCAUCACAAGGUUGAAGAAUAAUUUCACCUCUAGUAUUCAUCAGUUUUCAGAAUCGGAAUCAGGAGUUAAUACAGAACAGGAUCUUAUCGAUUAUGUUCUGCUACUUGAAGGUCAAGUCGCGCAGCCUCCAAGGACCCUUAAAAACAUCUGCAACAAGGUGGAUAAGGUGAUCGAGAUGGGUAAAAAGCAGCAACCGAAGAAGCUGGAAAACCUUUUACUUAAAAUUGACAACUUCAGCAGCUUGACAGAAAUUUAUGAUUAUCAAGUACCAAGUCAACAUUCUCAGGAACCUCCUAAUUGCUGGUCUUUAGAUCUGGUGAUCUUUACAACUAUAGCUAUCGCACUUCCAAACAUCCCAAUACAGAGUACUAAUUGGUUACUUACCCGCGUUAACAAAGGCCAAAUCUAUGUAAAACAUAUCGAGAAAAUCCUUGAUGGAAAUGGGGUUCGAUUAAACAUCAGAAAUGCAGCAGAUGCCAUGUGGGUAGAUGUCGAACUAUAUAAAAAGUGGCAGCACAAAGAUCUCAAUGAAAUGUCUCGUAAGGGCAGAAAUUCCAAGGAGGUAUUACAAAAACUCUCUGAUUUAGCUGAAAAGACAGUAAUGGAGUUUAAGACAAAUGCGAAAGAUUGUCGUAUAAAAAACCCUCUUAAUUGGCCGGUCAAGGUCAUAUCUGCUAAUUCAAUGUACAAAAUCACAAGAGCUAUUUUGCAGCUACACGAAGGCGAGGAUCCCCUAACCGAUGAGGGAUUAUUCAACCAAUUAUCCACAACGAUUGCAGAUGUACUGGCAGCAUGUCUUACGAAUUUAACUCGCAUUAUAACCAUGAAAUGUCACCAGAAUUCCAUUGAAGAGAGGGAGAAAAGUGUCUACAAGGCAGCUCUCCUGUUAGGUGAAACUGAAGAAAUUCUCCGUAUUCUUCAGCAGCGUAAAGAACAGAGUUCGAAUCUGAAAACUCAGCAUAUAUUGAAAAAGAGCAUGGAAAUUAGGAUCUCCUAA